AUGCUAUUUGCUGAUGACACCUCUUUAGUAUUUAAACCUGGAAGAGGAAAUGAUUGUUAUGACGAAGUAAAUUGUGCUUUCUCUGAAGUUCUUCAUGGGUUUACGGUAAAUAAUUUAAAACUUAACUCCAAUAAAACAAAAUGUAUUAAAUUUACUCUACCUAAAGUGAGGCAGAGGAAGCUAAAAGAUCACUCUGAAGACGCAAAUAGAGUGGCUCGUCCCAUUGCCUCUGCGAAAAUAAGGAAGAUGGUGGAUCUACUACCGGGCAUGCCCUACACCAAGAAUUCCUGGCUUCUGCAAGAGAAAGAUACAACUCACCGCCCCUUCUCUUCCCGUGGGUGUCGUAAGAGGCGACUAAGGGAUAUCGGAGCUUUCAUCCGCUCUGCUGGUGGUAGGGUGCCUAACACCCGCCUGGUUUGUUACCACCGUGCGCAUGGUGAAAAACCCGUGAAGGCUAGGCAUCCUUGGAACCGAUGCCGGGAGGACUGCAUCGACCCGCCGGGCAGGGAGACCCGUAGAAACGGCUGUCCCACUGGCCGGACGUGGCACAGUACAGGGGCCCGAGCGUUCCUAACCAGUUCGCGAGGCUGCCCCAUCAUGUCACGCAUAAUCUCGGGGUGGACCGUCGUGCCGGUUGGUGACCGGGGCGUGGGGUCCCGGCAGCCACUCCCAGGGGGGCAAUCAUUCGAGGAAACAUGCCUCCCUAAUUUGCCCAGUCUUGUCGCGACAACGUCCACUCGUUUCACGUCUCGUCACGUCUUUUUCACGCUCCUAAAACAAAGUUUGGACGUACAGCGGUGCACACCCCCACGCCUUCAACGCUGUUUGAGGUCGAGUUCUGCAACAUACGCGGACUCCACUCUAACCUCAACGCUGUCCACCACCAUCAUUGAGACAGCACGGCCAGCAUUGUUGUUCCUGACGGAGACACAAAUACUUCCGCCUGCUGACACAGACUACCUUAAUUAUCCCGGCUACGUGCUUGAAGAGUCCUGCAAAGCGAAAGCCGGUGUAUGCCUGUAUGUUCGGGCGGAUGUUUGUUGUCACCGUCUCCGCUGCUUGGAAGAUCCCUCCUUCUCCAUGCUGGGGAGUUUACGUGUGCCUCUCAGAUCCCACACCGGCGAUGUUGAGACAACUCGACUUUUUGAGCACCUUAGUCGGGCAGCAGAUGACGCGCAGGAACAAUUUCCCAAUGCAGAAUUGGUGUUUUUGGUGGACUUUAAUGCUCACCACAAUUUGUGGUUAAGUUCUUCCAAAACUGACCAUGCAGGGAUCUCUGCUCACGCAUUCGCUCUCACGCAUGACUUAAGCAACUGGUUGAUCAGCCCACCAGGAUCCCAGAUAUUCCAAGCCAAGCCUCCGCGUCCAGCAGUGGUCAAGCGCCGUAUCUGGCAUUAUGGGUCGGCAGAUUGGGACGGUAUGCGUGACUACUUUGCGUCCGUCCCUUGGAAGCAGCGCUGCUUCAGUGACAGGGACCUAUCGGCCAGUGCCGUUGCCAUUACUGAGGAGAUCAUAAUGGGUAUGGAAUACUAUAUUCCUCAUUCGGAUCUCAUCAGUAAGGGCACACGUAACCUCUGGUUCAAUCGUGACUCGGCAUAUCGUGCUUGGAUCAGAUUCCGCGCUCUCAAGGAUCCCGAGGUCGAUUCACUCAAAGCAGCCUACAAUUUUGCUUCCAAGACCUGUAAGAAGGCUUACAUCAGAGCGGAUACCCAGCGCGUUGCACGUGUUGGCCAGGAACUUAUGACGCUUCCUACGAGCUCCCGUAGCUACUGGCGUCUGGCCAAGGCCGUGCAAAAAAACUUCUGCGAACCCUCGCUGCCACCUCUGAGAUGCCCAGACGUAACACUAGCCCAUAAGCCGCAGGAGAAAGCCGAUUUACUGGCAAAACACUUUGCGGCUAACUCCCGAAUCGAUGAUUGCAAUGCACUGCCACCUUCAUUACCUCACUGUGGCACAACGAUGCCUGAUAUUAAAAUCAGGCAGCGCGAGGCUUUUGACCACAUUUCCGAAUGGGGUACCAGGAACUUGGUUGAGUUCAAUGCCAAGAAAACUCAGGCUUGCGCUUUCACGGCUAAAACAUCGCCAUUCCUUCCCCUUCCCUCUCUUCCGGGCACAACACUACCGCUACAGAGCAACAUUUCCAUGCUCGGUAUGGAAGUUCGCUCAGACCUGAAUCCAAAGAACUACAUCGAAACCGUGAUCAAAACAGCUUCACGCAAACUCGGAGUCCUGAACAAGGUGCGGCGUUUUUUCACGCCCGAUCAACUCUGCUUGUUGUACAAAACGCAAGUGUGGUCCUGCGUGGAAUAUUGCUCGCACCUCUGGGAUGGCUCCGCCAAGUACUUGCUCGAUGCUUUGGAUAGGUUACAGCGGCGCGCGAUCCGCAUCAUAGGCGAUGAGGAGGUGACUAAACACCUUGAGCCUCUUCAAUUACGCCGUGACGUGGCGUCACUAAGCGCGUUCUAUCGUCUGUACCACGGCGAGUGUUCUGAGGAGUUAUUCUCUCUUAUCCCACCUUCUCCUUUCCUUCAGAGGACCACGCGCGCUUGCCUAUGUUGUCACCGUCUAACUGUGGCUACAAUUCCAACGCGUACAAAGAAAUUUUGUGACUCAUUUCUUUGUCGCACUAUCCAUAAAUGGAAUGCUCUGCCCGCUCACGUGUUCCCUCCCUCUUACAACCUGGGAUCCUUUAAAAGAGGCGUGAAGAAGCAACAUGCAGGCCGGCAGGAAACACAAAACCACCAAAAUUCUGUCUUCUGUAAGGAAGAAGCUACUGCCACAGAAGAGCGCUCCAAUUCGAGCAGGAAAUCCACUAUGAUCUACCUCUCUUACCUACGUAUACGUACGAGAUUUGUAUUCAGGACUUUAAGAGCAGAAGACAAAACGAAUUUCACGGGAGCUAUCGUACGUUCGCCAGUCAUUUCAAUCGAUGACCCCGCAUUAGGCAAAAAAACAGCAUUGCGCACUGGGUCUCCACCGGACAUAACUUUUUUUACCGGAUCUUCUGGUAUUAAGAUCGUGACAAGAGAAUAUGUCUUUCGAAAAGCGAGAGAAUAUUGUGAACCAGAUCUUGGAAAAAACUUAGAAUUAUUCGAGUUUGAAAUAAUUAAUGACUCUUCAUUUCCCAUUGAUCAAAAAGCAAAGUUUAGACAUACAUUUUCUUGUCUCAAGUCUGAAAUGAAGUCUAAAUGGCAGACAGCAAAGCGAACAGAAAGUGUGUUUUUGAAAAAAUACCAUGAUUGGUUACAAGGUACUCUUGAAAUACCGAAAAAUACAAUUCAUAGAGAAAAAUACCACGUGGGGCGGCCAAGCAAAGAGUUCAAAGAAUUAACGGACUGUAGUAAGCGUCGAAAGACAUCACAUUUAAGAAACAUAAAUGAAGCAGAAUCUUUAAUUUAUGCAGGUCAAAUGGCGCUUCGUGAGAAAGGAAACGUGGAUGGUGCUUAUGUGAUAAAAGAUAUUAUGGCAUCCCCAACACGUGGUCAUAAAUACCGUGAAGCGUUCAAAAAAAGCACUACACCUGAAUUAAAAAUUAAGCAACUAUCACCAACAGAGGCUUUGUCUAUGUUUGUGGAAGCUUCAUUGACAAGAAAGCAGUACGAAAUAAUUAGAACAAAUGCUAAAAAACUAUACCCGUGCUACUCGAUUUUACAGAAAGCAAAAAAAGAUUGCUAUCCAAAUGCCGAGUCUUAUUUAGUCACUGAAACCUGUGCAGAAAUUAAAUUACAAGCAUUGUUAAAUCACACUGUUCAGCGUUUUGUAUUAUACCUUGAAGAAGUGUUAAAAACUUUAACGGAAGAAGAGUUAGUGAACAUAGAGCUGACAUAUAAAUGGGGGUGUGAUGGCUCGCAGCAGGCCCAAUAUAAACAAAAAUUUGCUAAUAACAGUGACUCUGACGCAAAUAUUUUCCAGUCAUCGCUUGUGCCAUUACAGUUGAUAAGUAAGAGCAGUAAAAAAAUAAUUUGGAACAAUCCAUCACCUUCUUCUCCGCGUUACUGUCGACCAAUGCGGAUCAGAUUUAUACACGAGACUAAAGACGUAACAAACGAUGAGAUAAAUUACCACACAGAACAAAUUAAACAGUUAACGGGGACAAAGAUAACUUUCGGGUCUUACGAAAUAACAGUUACCCAUAACUUGCUAUUUACCAUGGUAGAUGGCAAAGUAUGCAACUCGGCAACAAACACAACCUCUGCAAUGAGAUGCUACAUUUGCAAAGCCACAUCUAAGGAUUUUAAUAAACUUGAAAAGUUUAUCGAAAGCGAAACAACAGAACUACAAAAUUUGGAGUUUGGCUUAUCUGUCCUACAUGCUCGCAUCAGAUUUUUUGAGACAUUACUACACAUUUCUUACAAACUACCUAUAAAGAAAUGGCAAGUGAGAACACAGGCCGAAAAAGCUAUAAUUAGAGUGAGAAAGACAAACAUCCAAGAAGCAUUCAAAAAUGAACUUGGCUUAAUAGUUGACGUACCUAAAGCCAAUUUCGGAAACACUAAUGACGGCAACACCAGUAGAAGAUUUUUUAAUAAUAUAGAAAUAUCAGCCAAUAUCACUGGUAUCGAUAAAACUUUAAUAGAAAGAUUUGCAAUCAUUUUAGAAGUGAUAUCAAGUGGAUAUAAAAUAAAUAUUGAAAAAUUUGACAGCUAUUGUCAAGACACUGCUAAGAUGUACGUAGAAUUAUACUCUUGGUAUCCUAUGACAACAACAGUGCAUAAAAUAUUAAUUCAUGGUCCUUCAGUUAUAAGACAUGCCAUACUACCAAUAGGGACCCUAUCUGAAGAAGCCGCAGAGGCUCGUAAUAAACAUUUUAGGAAAUUCAGGGAACAAUAUUCCAGAAAAUUUAGCAGAACUGAAUGCAACAUGGAUGUGUUAAAUAGAUUAUUAUUAACUUCGGACCCAUACUUGACCAGUAUUAGACCCAAAGUGUCUAAAAAAUCAAAACCUUUUAAACCAGAAAGUAGAGAAAUGUUAAUGCCCUUUGAAGUUGAUAAGGAUGAAGAUGAUUUAGAUGAAGAAGAGUAAUUAUUACUUUAGUAAGGGUUUUAAUUAAUAUUUGUAAAUUAUUUAUAAGAAAUAUAAAUGGUGACAAAACAUUGUUUACACUCAUUUCAAAUUCCUACUUGAAAAACUAGCUUAAAUUUUUUUUUUAAAUGUUCUUGAUUACAUGAUUAUGACAACAAAUAAAUUUUAGCCAAUAAAUAAUUUUGAUCGACUUUUUUGAUCAAAUACUCCUAUGUGCAUCGCAUC